CUACUUGACUUGACUUUUAAAGAAAUACAGCAAUAAGAUUUGUGAUUUGAUUUGCUUUAGCCGGUUAGUAUUUCAAAUUGUAAUAGUUGUGUUUUAACUAUAUAAAAUAUUUGCAUAGUAUUAACUGGAGACUAGCUGAAAAAGGAGGGAAUAAUGUCUGUGAAGAACUUUAUUGAUAUCACUCGGCUUCCAGUUGACCGAGAAGAGCAGAAAUUUGAAGGCUGGACAGUGAAAUAUGAAAAAAGCCAUAUUUUAAGCUCAAAAUGCACAAAUAAUGGCUCUUGUGUCAAAGAAUCUCCAGAAGAAUGCCAGUUUUGCAGGUACACUCGUCAGCUCAGCUUGCCACACAUGCCGGAUAUGUUAUUUCCAAAAAAUGAAUUGACACUGCUACACGCGUCAGGUCCUCGUAUCUGCUUCAAUGCUCUGGAUGCCCUCAAGCUUGUCAUCACCGGCAAACGUGAUAUCAAGAUUGCAUGUUCUGAGGCUUGGAAGGAAUCUCGGCAAGAUACGGGAUUGACGGAGAAAGAAUUACAUCCGUUUGACUGGACCUUCAGCACCAACUACAAAGGCAGCCUCUCGGAAGGCUGGUUAGUGGAGCCAACGGAAUUAAGGAUAGAUUUGGAACGGCUCAAACUGAAGGAGCAAAUACUCUUUUAUCAUGAACUUAACCUGUUUGAAGAUGAACUGCACGACAAUGGUAUCACCACACUCAGUGUAAAAAUUAGAGUGAUGCCAUCUGGGUUCUUUGUUCUUCUGAGGUAUUUCCUGCGAGUUGACAAUGUGAUGGUACGAGUCAAUGACACCAGGUACUAUCACGACUUCACUACAGACUUCAUUCUCAGAGAGUUUACCUCACGAGAAGGUCAACUAGCAGAGUUACAGAUCCCUUUGUUGUUGGCAACAGAUCCUAAUGCAGUUGCUCCUCUUCUGCCUUUGAAGACUUCUUGUUAUGAAAAACUGUCCAUCCCAAAAGUUGCUGAAGAACCAGUUCCAACAUAGCAUUAAGUUAAGUGUCUGUGUGCUUAUUGUAUCAUCAUAUAUGUGUAAUAAAAAUUUAUACCAUUAAACUAA